AUGACUUCAUUUCCCCACUUUGUUUCUUUUUCUUAUAUGUGUAUAUAUAUGUAUACAUCUACGAAUGGGCAUUUUUCCUUCCUUCUAAAAGAGCCCACACAGAUAAUUUUAACAGUAUUUUUGAAAAAUAGGCACUGGCGAAUUGCCAAGAGGGAGACGACAGUUAUAAACAAAAUGUCAGGGGAGGCAAAUUAUGAAAAGCCGGACACCUCAAAUUGGAAGUUAGCAGACUUUGAGAUGGGCGACACGUUAGGGACGGGUUCUUUUGGUCGCGUGCGCAUUGCUAAACUGAAGGGCACCAAUGACUAUUAUGCGGUGAAGUGCUUGAAGAAGCGGGAGAUUUUAAAGAUGAAGCAGGUCCAACACAUCAGCCAAGAAAAGCAAAUUUUAAUGGAGCUUUCACACCCGUUCAUUGUGAACAUGAUGUGUUCCUUUCAGGAUGAUCGCCGGGUGUACUUUGUGUUGGAGUUUGUGGUGGGCGGGGAAAUGUUUACUCACCUUCGCUCCGCCGGUCGGUUUCCAAACGAUGUAGCAAAGUUCUACCACGCGGAGAUUGUGCUUGCCUUCGAAUACCUGCACUCGAAGGACAUCAUCUACCGUGACCUGAAGCCGGAGAACCUUCUGCUGGACAGCAAGGGCCACGUGAAGGUGACUGACUUUGGGUUUGCGAAGAAGGUGCCGGAACGUACCUUCACGCUGUGUGGGACACCGGAGUACCUUGCGCCCGAGGUGAUUCAGAGCAAGGGUCAUGGGAAGGCCGUGGACUGGUGGACGAUGGGCGUUCUGCUGUACGAAUUUAUUGCUGGGUAUCCUCCGUUUUACGACGACACGCCGUUCCGCACGUACGAGAAGAUCCUCUCUGGGCGCUUCAAGUUUCCGAGUUGGUUUGAUGCGCGUGCGCGGGAUCUUGUGAAGGGGCUUCUGCAAACGGACCACACGAAGCGUUUGGGCACACUCAAGGGCGGCGUAGCGGAUGUGAAGAAUCACCCGUACUUUCACGGUGCCAACUGGGAGAAGUUGUAUGCGCGAUACUACCCUGCCCCGAUCCCUGUGAAGGCAAAGAGCCCUGGCGACACGAGUAACUUUGAGCGUUACCCUGAAAGCCAGGAAGAUCGAGCGGUGCCGCUAACCGCUACGCAACAGGCGGAGUUUAUUGGGUUCUAA